AUGGUGCAAAACGGCACGCCCCUUCCCGCCAAGCUGGCUGGUCCGCCUCUGAGCGACCGUGAUGCCAUCACUGAUGCCUGCUACCGCGCUUUCCUGUCCAUCGACCAGUCCAGCGAGGAGCUUCUCAGGUCGAGCGUGACGCCCGACGUCUACACCGACAUCGCCUUCAAAGUCUGCAACGGCUAUGACGAGCUCAAGAACAAGGUGUGGAUGAAUGUCAGCCAGCGGGUCGACACGAUCCACUACCUCACCAACAUGUGUGUGGGCAUUGACACCGAAACCACUGCCCGCGUCACCUUCAAUGCUCAGGCUUUGCACUGCGUACUCGGCAAGGGCUAUGAGCCGGACUCUACGAAGUUCACCACUGGCGCAUUCUACACUGCCACGCUGUCAAGGCGGACGACCUUUGGAAGUUGA